UGGAAUGCGAAGCGAGGAAGGUGGUUUCGUCUCCCUUGGUCACUGACUCGCUUCUUCAUAGAUUUCUCCAAAUCUCUGUUCUAAAUCGUCGCAGAAGAGGGGAAGAAGUAGAAAUCGAGAUCUCGGAUCGAAGUCACCUUCUACAGUUCGUUCAAUUACUUCAUUAUUUUGUUCUGUUCGCGCUUUUUUCGUUCUUUAUUCGAGGCGAGGGUUAGUGACGUCGAUCCAUUGUACUUGAUAUACGGUCUUCUUGUCUGCGAUCGUGACAUGUUUGAAUUGAUGCGUGCUGGAGAAAUUCGUUGGGAAUUCGGGGUUGGUUUUCAUGCUGGGGAUUGAAGUAGGUGUUGAGUCACUGUAUUAUUAUUUGUUCUUAUUGUUUGUUUGCAAAUGGGUUUGGGUUGUAGUGUACUGGAAAUACGAAUUGCGUUUGGUUUUAGGGAGUAGUUUGAUGCCCGGGGUACUAGGGUUUGGUGUGGGUGCAGAUGGAUUCUGGCGGCAAUGAUGCUAAGAUGUGUAAUGGGAAUGAUUCGUCUUCCGUUGGGGUAUCUAAUGGGGGAGCGGAUAAGGCGGAGGAGAAAGAAGUGGAGACAAGCUCACUUUUGUGUUCGGCGUUGAAGAAGGGAGGAAUGAAGGGGAGGAGGCAGAGGAGCAGGAGGAAGAAAGUCCAGUGGAAUGAUUGCAAUGGCAACAAGCUCGUGGAAAUUAUGGAGUUCCAACCGAGUGAUUCGAGCGACUCUGAAGACGAGUAUGCUGAUCCUUGCAUCUAUAUCGUUCAACUGACUCGAUAUGGUGUGAUGCUCUCGCCGGCUGCAUGCUCAUCUGUUGCUGCAUUCAAACGCAGAGAUGACUGAUAUCUGGGUCGAAAAAUCAGUCAUUUUUUUUCAUGAUGGAAAUGGCAUAUUUCCGCUUCAUCUUUGUUUCUCAAUAAUUGAGAACUCUAAACAACUUGUUAUAGUUGAUAUUUCAGAUUUAUGGCUGGCAUUGAGAAGCACAAGAAAAUUUGCAAAUUUGAAGUUUGUUCUCUGCAAGUGAGUCCAUAUCUCUCCUCCAAAAUUAGUUGUUUUGAUUUUUGGAUUAACUGCUUGAAGUUAGUGUGUGAAUAGUUUUUGAAUAGAUUUAUAAUCUAUCUUGACAUGGUGUAAUUGUUGAGAAUAAAUAUGUGUUAGGUAUGAUUUUUAUGGCC